AUGGAGAUGGCAGAAAACACAGGUGCUUCCAAGCCAGGACCCUGUAAUACCCAGCCUUCCCCUGUGGAGUCCAGCCAGCUUGUCUCAGGUCAGAGCUCAGAGAUUCUUACCUUGAAACAAACAGUGAUGGCAUCUGCAUCCUGUAGCACACAGGAGACAACCUGUACUCAGAACUCAACAGCAUACCCAGGAAAAGCCAUUGGUUUCCAUUUUGGAGAGCCAUUUGAGAACACUUCUUUGAACCAGCAAGUUGUGUCUGCUGAGCAGAAAAUAUCUCCUGCAGGUCUUCACCAUAUGCAGCUCAACAGCACCCCCAAGACAUGCCUUCCUCCCCAGAAGACAACAAGAGUUGACACCAGGGAGACUUUCUACAAUGAAGACUACUGGAUGAGGACACUGAACUCUGACAAGACUCUCUUGAUCCAAAAUACAGCCAUGUGUGAGAAUCAGAGGGUUACCUUUGAUAAUCAUCAAAUUGCUCUCUAUGGAAGCCAUGCAGGCCAGGACCCAAAUGUGGGUCACGUCUUUGCUUCUGUACAUGACCGGACCUCCUACUACAGUCAGAUGACAACCAGGAAUGGAGGGCAUCUGACUCUCUAUGGGAGUCAAAUGACAGCACCCAGUUGUAGCCAGACCCUUCAUCCCAAUCAAAUCAUAACAUCCUUUUCUGAACAGAAUUAUUUUGAGGAUCAGCAGAGUAACCUAGCAGUUAAUAAUGGAUUCUAUGGAGAUCAGGUGAUAUUGCCAAAUGGAUACCAGGCUUUCUAUGAGCCUCAGAUGAGAGCUAACUUUGACCAAACAAAUGACCAAAUGAAAUCCUUCAGUGGUCAGAAUGUCUGCAAAGGUCAGGAGAAUCUCCUCAGUGGUGAGCGCUCCCUCUCUGGUUAUCAGACAUCAGGCUACAGAUGUGACCAGGAUUUGAUUGUGAAUCCCCAGGUGACAAGUCCAAUUGGUGGCCAGCCUCUCUCUGACUUUCAGAUACAAACCUCCAGUUUUGAUACAACUUUUUCUGGGUCUAAGGGGACAAGAUCCAGUGCAGAAGACAACCUGGCUUGCCCUUUGGAGACAAGUCCCAGAUCUGAAGAGCCAUUCUACUUGGGUCAGAUGAGGACCUCUGUUGAUCAAAAUGUCUACCCAAGUCAGAAUGGAACACCUAAUAUUAAAGAAAGCCUUGAUCGUCAGGUGACUUCAUUUAGUUUGCAAGCUCCACAUGUGGGUGAAUCCUCAUAUCCUUCACUUUCCCCUUUGAUUCAAAAACAACCUCAGGAACACUCUUCAGCUUCCAGUUUAGUCCAGAGACGGCAUCCAGAGAUGAAGUUAGACUUCAAGACGCAGAGCCCUGUGUCGCAGAAGGACCCUAGUCCUUUGAAGCUCUACUUUUGUACUUAUGAGGGUUGUACGAAAGUUUACAAAAGACCUUACCACCUCAAAGAACACCAGAAGAAACACACUGGUGUGAGGAAAUACAAGUGUGAUGAGCCUGGAUGCACAUGGUCGUUUUUCCGCCUAUGUGAUCUCAACAGACAUAAAGAAAAGCACAGUGGUGAGAAGCCCUACGCUUGUCCCAUGUGCUCCGCAAACUAUUCCAGACUGGAUUAUCUCACAAAGCAUCUAGAGAAGAAACAUGCUUAA